UUACGGUACGUUGUGCGUGCGUGUCGGAUGACAAACAGGGACAGAUUUCUGACAGUACGGAGUAGUGGCAUAGUUUACGAUGGCUAUUUUAGGACGAGGGAGAAGUAAUGAAGAAGUAAUGGAAUAAACUGUUUUAAAACGUAACGCGUAGGUGUUUGUAACAGGGACCAGCGACUUGCCAGGAUAUGCUUGAGAUUUGGUGGAAUUACUUUGAAGAGAAGAGGCACACGAAGUCACAUUAUUGCAAAAGAGGGAAUCACAGGACCGAGAAACGGGAAAGUAGCUGUGUUUAUGAACCAAAAGAAGUAGUUGAAAUGUCAUUAUUUUAAGCGAACCUGACUCCACGCGACUUGAACACAGCUAGACCAGAUCACGUUGGACUAUCGGGAGUCUGUCUUUAGAUAAGUGGGUGCUGCAACUGGCAAAUUUCAAUAUCUCAAGAAUGACCAAAGGAGGACGGCGAUGGCGUUGGCAUGAGGGGGGGAGUGCGCGACCACGUAGCGACGGCAGAGCCAUGGAAGAGUCCAGGACGUCAAUGUUGACGGCCAACCAGAACGAAGACCCCAAGGCGUGGGGCAAGAGCGACAAGAAGAGGCCCAAAGGAAAGCUCUCUCCCUCUAGUCGACAUUCAUCCCCUGGGCCCCCGGAGGAGGAGACGGGGCUGGAUGACAAGAUGGAGCUGGGGAGCGCCGGGGAGGAGAGCAGCUGGCUGGAGGCCUCCCCGGAGGAGCAGUCCUGGGACAGGGGGUCGCAGAAUGGGCACGCGGGCGAGGAGGAACCACUGGAGAAAGGCAGCUCCAGCAACAGUGCCAGCUGCAGCACGGGUAGCCCUGCCCCCUCCAGCAGUGGCACAGACCUGUCUCAGACGUCUCCUCCGUCGCUGUCAGACCAGCUGCUUCUGGGUCGGGACGACAGAUCCGGGAUCAACGUGGAGUGCCGCAUCUGUGGUGACAGGGCCUCCGGCUUCCACUACGGUGUUCAUGCCUGCGAGGGCUGCAAGGGCUUUUUCCGGCGGACCAUCAGGAUGAAGCUGGAGUAUGAACGCUGUGACCGAAGCUGUAAAAUCCAGAAGAAGAGCCGCAACAAGUGCCAGUACUGCCGCUUCCAGAAGUGCCUGAUGCUGGGCAUGUCCCACGAUGCGAUCCGGUAUGGCCGUAUGCCAGAGGCGGAGAAGAGGAAGCUGGUGGCAGGGCUGCUGGCUGGAGAAGCGUGCAGUCAGAACUCCGGAGCCUCAGACCUCAAGUCACUGGCCAAGCGUGUCAACAACGCUUACCAGAAGAACCUCAACAUGACCAAGAAGAAGGCCCGCAGUAUCCUGACCGGCAAGACCAGCUCCACCACAGUAAGAGCCGGCACCAGCAGCAGUAGCGGAAACAAAAAUCCGUUUGUGAUCCAUGACAUGGACACGCUGUGGCAGGCGGAGAAUGGGCUGGUGUGGAACCAGCUGGUGAACGGGGCGCCCCCACACAAGGAGAUCGGGGUUCACGUGUUCUACCGCUGCCAGUGUACCACCGUAGAGACAGUGCGUGAGCUCACCGAGUUCGCUAAGAGCAUCCCAGGGUUCCAGGACCUCUUCCUCAAUGACCAGGUGACGCUACUCAAGUACGGGGUGCAUGAGGCCAUCUUCGCCAUGCUACCGUCACUCAUGAACAAGGACGGCCUGCUGGUGGCCAACGGGCUGGGCUUUGUGACGCGGGAGUUCCUGCGUAGCUUACGAAAGCCCUUCAGUGAGAUCAUGGAGCCCAAGUUUGAGUUUGCCGUCAAGUUCAAUGCACUCGAGCUGGACGACAGCGACCUGGCGCUGUACGUGGCAGCCAUCAUCCUCUGCGGAGACCGACCUGGGCUGAUGAAUAUCAAGCAGGUGGAGGACAUCCAGGACAACAUCCUGCAGGCCCUGAACCUCCACCUAAACACCAACCACCCGGACUCCAGCUUCAUCUUCCCCAAGCUGCUGCAGAAGAUGGCCGACCUGCGGCAGCUGGUCACCGAGAACGCCCUGCUGGUCCAGAAGAUCAAGAAGACCGAGUCUGAGACCUCGCUGCAUCCACUACUGCAAGAGAUCUACAGGGACAUGUACUGAAGAAGGACACAAGGGCUCAGAGACCCACACAGACACAAACACCCGUCUAGAUGGAUGUGCAGACACACACACGCGCACACACACACACACAAACACAUACACACACACGCACACACACACACACACACAUGCAUGUACUUGUGAACUGGAUAAGUGCAAGUUCUUGAGGUUACUGAGCAUUAGAGAAAAGGUCAAGGAGUGUGUUGAAAAAGAAGAAGAAGCAGAAGGCACCAACUUCCUACCCCACAAACCAAUGCAAUUCUUUUUUUGUCAUAAGAGAUGAUGUCUAUUCUCAUAACAGAUGAUUGUGGUUCACUAUUUUUAUACUGCGGAUUUUUGUAGCCUCCUCUUUUGGGGUAUUUCUAUUGAUCAAUUUUUAUUGGUCCUGGUCUGUUGGUCAAGUUUUACUACUGUAUAGAAUUUGAAAUAAGACUAUGCAUAUUUUGUUUAACCAAAUGUUUUAAAAGUUAUUGAAAUCAAGGACUUACUAAAACUAUUAGUUAAUAUUGAGAACUUUCCCAAUAGCUUCAAGAUUUCUCUGGUGUAGCCUAAUACAUAAGAGUGUGUGCAAUCACUUUCAGUCUCCCUCUCGCCCUCCCUCUGGCUCAUCCUUGACAGAUCCUUGAAGCACACACACACACACACAGAAAAACUUACCCUGCAGUUCAAUGUUUUUAGAGCACCGAGGAGGUGAAAUGUGAGAGUAAAACAGGACUUCACUGAGGUCAGGGCUGACCUGAGAUCCUCAUGGACAGUAUUGCUUCAUACAACCUCCAAACCUCAGUUUUUUUCUUUGUCUUGUUGUAUUUGUCAUGUGAUGGGUCUAUUCCGUAGUUCUGAGGAUUGUUAAUGACAAUACUGUGAAGGAAAAAAAACUUGAUCACAGGGUCUUGCUAAAUGUAUCAUUACCCGGCAGAAUUGUAACAUAAUCUAUUUCUGCAUCCUCCAUGGUAGCUUGUAGUAGCUGUUGGUUUGAGAGUAAAGCUGCUGUAACUGGGAACUGGUUGUUGGGCAUGCAAGAUAAACUGAUCUUAGAUUUGAUUCUUAUCUCAAAAUUAGAUCCCUUUUGGAUCUCCCUGGAUCUUUAAUCCUUUCAACACAGUCUGGCAGGAUUAAUAGAUCAGGAAAUGGCUUACCUGAUGGGCACCCCGUCAGAAGAUUAUAUUGUGUGUGUGCACAGCACAUUAAUAGAAAAGGGUGGACUCUGUUUGAUAAAUCUGGCUGAUGUUAGCAUUUACAGCACCUUUAACUCUCUACCGUUCUUAGUUUCAAAAGCCCAACUCUAUACCUAUGUGUCGCCAUUCAUGGACCUUUCUGUCAAGCCCUGUGAACAUGGUGCCUUGAUGAUGACCCCUGAUGGAAGUUCACCCCUUUCCUCUCAUAGGUCAUAGGUCUUCUUAGUUCUCAUUCACUAACUAUAUGUGUUUGCAAAAUCCUUUUGGAGUUGUGGAAUCUGUGGAAUAUACUAAACGUUAACUAUAUCCAGGUUGUUCUACUGAUACCCAGUGUCUUUUCCAAGGGGUUUUGGACUCCAGAAUAUGGUAAUUAACUAGUUUUGACUGAAACAUAGCAGUUGCGUAAGCAAAAGAGGUCCACAUUUACCAGCAACAAUUGACAUCUCUUCACAUUACUUGGGUUUGGUCCAUUAAUUUCACUAACUUCCAAGCGAAACUUUGUCCCCUUCCAUGAAUUUAUAAGAGUGAAUGGGAUACGCCGCGACUGAAAGGUCCCACUUUGUGGGGCACGGGUAACCCAGGUAACCCAGCGGCCGUGUUAGCCAUGCUGAGAUUCCGGGUGGGACUUCAGUGGGACUGAAAGACGUGGCGUCUUCAUGUCCCGUCAGUCCUAAUCGCACAUGCUGUACUCUUAGUCUUCUUCAAGCCAGCUCUCUAGCGGUGUGUCCUCGUCAUCAGUAGCCUUCCAUGCAUUCUUGUCUAAACUGGUGUUUGUCAGUUCAUCAUUUGAUCAUGUUAUAGUAAUUAUCUUUAUGUGCCAUGUCUUCUUUCUUUCUUUCUUUUGGUUCCUGAAUGCAUCAUCACACCAAGAUGAAAUCAAAGCAGUUCACAUCUCAUCGAUUGUUGUUAUGGUGACUCCAGGAGGUCAGAUCUUGAGUGAGGUGCUUUUUCCUGAUUGGCUCAUUGAGAUUCUGAUGUUCUGUCACAGUUGCAGUAUAAGCAGUCUGCCACAAAGGACCCAAGUUGACAUAAAAAAAGUAUAUUGUUAGCAUGUUUCCCGUAAGUCCUGAACCUCAGUCUGGUGAGCCUGUUGCAGUUUUUUUUUCCAGUCCUAUGCAUAUUUCUUUCAAUCCUAUGCACACUGUGUCCAAGCUCUGGAUACAUUACAUUGACAUAUAGACUAUACUAUGUACAUUCAGUUCAUAUAUUGUCUCAUUGUGGGCCUCCGGAUAUCUUGGUAUGGUGCUGCUAUUUUUUCCGUUUGUGUUAUGUUAGCUGACAUAGUAACUCUUCCUGGCCUCCCGCUGUGCAGAAAAAUACAUAUUUCCUCUAUGAGCACUGUCUUUGUACAGAGGCGAAGCUGUGAACACACAGUGGUGGACACUGUGCUGGUCUCUUAUGUUGUUUGUUAUUUUUUCUGUUACUGAAUAGAACAAAGUUACAACUGAAGAUUACCGCAGUAUCAUUUGUAUCCAUUUUAUGGAAAAUGAGUAAAACUUUUUACAAUCUGUCA